AUGAGGGACACCAUAGCUCCUGCUCUGUUUUUGGUACUUAGCUUCCUUUCAACAUUUCUUCUCCUUGUCACCGUCAAAUCACGACGGAGAUCGACCGCACUGCCUCCUCCACCUCCGGGACUACCGGGACCAAUCACAUUGCCUCCGGGGCCUCCGGGAUGGCCGCUUAUCGGAAACCUUUUCCAUAUCAUCGGAAAAGCUCCUCACCGUUCACUUGCUGAUCUCUCAAGAGUUUAUCGACCAAUCAUGCGUCUUACGCUUGGAAGUAUAACCACAGUGGUAAUUUCUUUACCCGAGGCAGCAAGAGAGGUUCUAAGAACGCUUGACCAUGACUUCUCUGCACGAACCUUCAGCGAGACGGUUCGAGCCAUUGGUCACCAGGAUUUCAUGGAGGAAGCUAUUGGCGACACAGCUUUUCUCAAGUAA